AAUCACAUAUUUCUAAAACAAAUAACAAAAUUUUCAGAAAAUACAAUACAAAAAAAGUACUGCAGGCGUAUAAAUUGUGCCCGGCCUGUCGAACAAAGACAAAUACACGCAAAAAUACGUACCGUAAAGAGCAACAAAAAGCUCACGCAAGAUCACAUACGUCAUAUAUACAUAAAUACAUAUCCAAGUCAAGUGAACAAACGUCUCACGCAUACACAUAUACAUAUUUAAAAGUGUGCGCCAGUAAAAGCUCGCAAGCAGUCAGCAAAAGAAAGCCUUACCUACGUUUUAAACUCUUUCUUACACACUUUUCUGUACGGCACCAACAUGCAGAGCGACUUUCACAGAAUGAAGAACUUUGCCAAUCCCAAGGCCAUGUUCAAAAGCAGCGCUGUCUCCGCUAGCAGCGAAGCAGUCAAUGCAAACACAGUAGUGCCAGGACGUCCGGAGCCAGCACCGAAUGCAGCACCUAUUGUACCUCCACCAGCUGCGAAUAAGGAAGAGUCUAAAGAUUCCAGCGAACAGUCUGAUGAGGGCGCCGUGCGCACUGAGCAUCUGUUCAAGCAUCCGCUGCAAAACACAUGGACUUUGUGGUAUUUGGAAAACGAUCGCACCAAAUCCUGGGAGGACAUGCAAAACGAGAUAACCAGCUUUGACACAGUCGAAGAUUUCUGGAGUCUAUACAAUCAUAUUAAGCCGCCAAGUGAGAUUAAGCUUGGCAGCGAUUACUCGCUCUUUAAGAAGGGCAUACGCCCUAUGUGGGAAGAUGCUGCCAAUAAGCAGGGAGGUCGCUGGGUAAUAACGCUUAACAAAAGCUCCAAGAAUGAUUUGGACAACUUGUGGCUAGAUGUGCUGCUUUGUUUAAUUGGCGAGGCCUUUGAUCAUUCUGACCAGAUUUGCGGCGCUGUUGUCAACAUACGUGGAAAGAGCAAUAAGAUUUCAAUUUGGACUGCCAAUGGCAACAAUGAGGAGGCGGCUUUGGAGAUCGGACACAAAUUGCGCGAUGCUCUGCGUCUGGGACGUCAGAAUUUGCUGCAAUAUCAACUACACAAGGACACAAUGGUCAAGCAGGGCUCUAGUGUCAAAUCUAUCUACACUUUGUAAAAGAUGCCCGCGAGCCGACACACGCUACACACACAGAAUUUUUUGUGCUGCCUUUUUUAGUAGUUGGUUAAGCGUAUCUAAAAAUGAAGGAAGAGAAUACAAUACAGAGAUAAAGAAAAAAGCCGGCAUAAAUUAUCAGUGGUUCCGCUUUUUGUAGUCAAUGUCAUGGAAUAUGCGAAAAAAA